AUGGUGAGGAUUACAUCUAGCAAAACAGGCACCAGGGGUGCCCGCGAAGAAUCAUUGUAUCCAGGAUCACCUCGCAGCCAGAAGUGGAUCGGUAAUUUGCUACCAAUCCUGGAACGGUACAACUACAACCAUGCUGAGAUAACGCAGCUGGUUAAGGCGUGCGACUACAAUGGAGAUAAGAUCCAGCAAGAGGUUGACCGCAUAAUGGAGGUGAAUAUAGGUCACGAGCAGGGCGAAUGGACAGUUGUCAACUCUCAGCAAAAGCAAAAGGCGAAGACAACGCAGUUACCUAAAAGGACGAAGGCUCCGAUUAGAGGCACGGAGCAAAUUGUGGCUACUACUCCCCCUGGGAAGGAGCCACAGAUGACUCGCCGUGCACAGGGAGGCAAGGAUGUUGCCACGGGAACGGCCCCAAUGGAUUCGGCUGUGGAUAUCGUUGCCUCUUCGGAACCGGUUGAUACAUCUGCUUCUGUUGCGGCUCAACAGGAUCAGGCUCCCCGUUCAAGGGCUCCUCAAAGAAACCCAGCAGAGAAGAAACCGGGCCGCGAAAGUCGCAGAGGAUCUGCCUCUAAAGGACCGGGCAAAGAACACCUCAAAUCCCAGCAGGAGAUUCCAAUCCAGUGGGCUUCGCUGUUGAAGAAAUCUACUGAAGGGGGGUCAGUUGUUCCACCGUCGUCCCCACCGUCAAAUGCGGCCGCUCCAACGGCAAAUGGUGCACCCAAACUCCCCAAGAAGAGGGCGGAGGAAGAAAGGGUCCCCGAGGUUAAGGCAGCGCCUGUAAACCCGGUUGUUAAUCAUGACGUAGAAGCACUGGCACUUGCCCAGGCUGAGGAAACGCUGAAAAAGCUGGAGAUAAGCGAACGAAUUAAGCUGGAUCAGCAGCGUCAACGCAAAUUGCUACAGCCGCCGCCUAAGCCCGAGAAACCGCGCUUGUCGCCAGCACAGCCACGACUUGCGGUAGUGGAGGAUCAACUACCCCCCGUUGUAAUGCCGAAGUCUCUAUCCACGAGCAUCGACGCAACAACCAUGUUCAGUUAUUUCGACGAAGAGCCACCCAAAGCAAAUAUGUGGUCAGCCGGCACGUCAGCGGGUCACUAUCAGCAACCUUUGGCGAGUAGGCGAGACUACAGCAAACAUUCGCGGAAUUCUCAGAUGGUACGUGCAGAACACGGCAGCCGCUCUAACGUAGCGCAACCCGAUGGAGGCACACUAGUGACACACAAUGCCGGAUCGGGAGCCCAGCCCGAUCAGGUGGAUACGCUUCAUGGUGACAGUUCGGUUCAGCAGGAAGGCGUUCCGGACGCAGGUUUCCAAGGCCAUUGGCAAAUGGGCUACUACAGGAACCGUUACGGUAACCCCAAGCACCAACCGUUUUCUUACGCGUAUGACGAGGAUAAGCACAAGAACUACAGACAAGGGGCUAGCGAGCAUUAUCCGCAGAAGGACGGUCGCCAUCACGCAAAUGGAGUUUACGUGAACUACGGCUAUCAACACGACCGGCUGCAGACGCCUCCUGGUUUGGUCAGCUACUACACAUCACAGCAGCCUUAUUACGGAUUCUCUAACUCGACGAAUCAGAAUAACCCGCACCCUCCCUCGGAUUCCGUGACGUCAUCUAUGUGGAGGAACUGA